UUGUAAACACGGUAAUCGAUUGAGUUGGUCUGGCUGGAGCGAUGCUGUUGUGAUCUGCUAGUAGAGUCUACUGCAGGCUUGUUGUCAUGUUUCUGCUGUUAGCCUUCAGCGCUAACCAGCCGGCUGACUUCUCUCCAACAUACUCUGAUCCAGCAGGAUGUUAGGAUGGAGUGUGGCCCAGUUCUGCCGGACAGCCUGGUGUUGGAGAUCUUCCUGCGUCUGCCCCAUGAUGCCGUGCUGAGAGCUGGUCUGACCUGCAGACAGUGGCUGGCUGUCUCCAGAGAUGAGUUCCUUUGGAGGGAGCUGUUCUACAGCUACUACCGCAUACCACGCUCUGUUCCCCGACACCCAGCGGCGGUGUCAUGGUACAGGGAGUUCAGGCGUCUGUUUGACUGUAUCCCCUGUGUGGAGGUUCAGACGCUGAGAGAGCACACUGACCAAGUCCUCCACCUGGCUUUCUCUCACAGAGGUCACCGCUUCUCCUCCUGCUCCAAAGACUGCACCGUUAAGCUAUGGGACACGGAGCGGCCAGAUGGUAAUAUCUCGAUGGUGCACAGCUCCAGCAUGCGGCAGUUUAACUGGGGCUACACCCAGUUCUCCCAGUUCAAUGCUGACGACACCCUGCUGCUCGUGUCUGGUGUCUACCUGGGCCCACACCACUCCUCGUCUGGGGAAAUCGCUGUCAUCAGUCUGGAAAACUACACGCUGUUGUCGCGUGUGAGGAACAAGCCGUACGAUGUGUUUGGCUGCUGGCUGAAUGAGACUCACCUGAUCUCGGGGAACCUGCACUGGAUAGGCAACAUGACGUCCUGCUCUGUGCUCUGGCUUAACAAAGCCUUCCAGGAUGUUGAAUCAGAGAACGUCAACGUAGUCAAGCGCCUUUUCAAGAUCCAGAACGUCAACGCCAGCACCAUCCGCACAGUGAUGGUGGCCCACUGCCGUCGUCAUGACAACCCGGACUUGCUGCUGGACUACGAGGCUCAGUCCCAGGCUCGAAGGCAGAAAGGGCAGCAGCAGCAGCAGCACCAGCCCCUCCUCUUUGACCUGGGAACCUCCGGCAGUGAGGAAGAAGAUGAGGAAGAGGAAGGGGGCGAGGGAGCAAAACUCCCCACUGCCCGCUUCUCUCAGCCAACCAUCUCAGGCCUGGAGCAUGUUAUACAGAGUUGUAAAAAUGUAGGCCACACAGAGUUGGCGAUUGAGACCCACGUGGCUAAGAUUAUGGGCCGAGCACACACGAAGGCCCCUGACUCCAGCCUCAUUGAGCCCUCCGAGCCCGGGGACGGAGAAGACAAAACUUACUUACUCUUCACCACCGGCAGCCUUACAUACUCCCCUCACCAGAUAGGUAUUAAGCGGAUCAAGCCUGACCAGAUGACCACUUGUGGUCCCGUACUCGGGGAAGAGCGGAAUUCAGAUGAGUUUUUUGAUUCCUUGGACCAUGUUAUCGAUAUCCACGGACACAUCAUUGGUAUGGGCCUUUCUCCAGACCACAGGUACCUUUACGUGAACAGCCGGGCUUGGCCAGCCGGGUGUGUGAUCUCGGACCCCAUGUCUCCUCCUCCCAUCGCCGAGGAGAUCGACCUGCACGUCAUCGAUCUGAAGAGUUUGAGGGAGGAGAGACGGAGCCUGCGCGCUCACCGAGCCUUCACGCCUAACGAUGAGUGCUUCUUCAUCUUCCUCGACGUCAGCAGAGACUUUGUUGCCAGUGGAGCAGAGGACAAGCACGGCUACAUCUGGGACCGCCACUACAACAUCUGUCUGGCACGCCUGGCGCAUGACGAUGUGGUGAACUCGGUGGCGUUCAGCCCCGCUGACCAGGAGCUGCUGCUGUCUGCCAGCGAUGACUCUACCAUUAAGGUGUGGCGCUCACCCCGCAUGGUGCGCCUGGCGCAGGCCCCCAGCCGGCCGCUGAGGCCCCGCGGCCUCCUGUCGUCCUGGCUGGGCCGCAACAAGAACUCGACGUCUCCCAGCAGUGUGAAUGGAAAGCCGUGAGUCAGGUUGGAAAACACUUGCAGUGGGACGGAACGGGGAGAGGAAACUUUGAUCUUUUUUUCCUCUAUGGUGUGAAUAUAUAUAAAUAUAUAUAUACACUCCAUGUAUAUGUACAGUGUGGUGACAGUCAGUGGUUUUGCUUGAGCUCACGGUGUUGUGACACACAGCAGGGCUCAGUGUCUUCAGCUAACAGGGGACAGGAUGUGAUGUGACUCAGGGUUAGACACAAGAGAGCGCUGUUGCACCAGCAAAAGACAGAAACCACCACAGUCUCUGUUGUGCCAUUGAAGGGAGUGAUAUGAAAUGUUACACAGGUAGAGAUAGUGUAGAGCUGACACCUAAAUGCACAAGACAGACGUCCAAACAUGUUACCCAAGAGAUGGUGUUUGUCUGUUUUUUAUCUGUAACGUUGCGUCUAAACAGGUCAGGGCUCCUGGACCUGAGGUGUAAAUGUAUGUAAAUGUCCCGCAGAGACGGCACCUUAAUGGUCGCGGCUGUCAUGUCCUGCUCAUCAGAGGUAAAGUGCUGUAACAGAAUUACUUCAGAAAUUUCUUAUUAAUGGAUAUGUCCAAUUGAUGUUUUGAGUAUAAACCCCCUAGAAUAAUGUUUUCAGAGAAUUAUAAACCCAUUUAAAACCAGAAGGGAAGACAACAUUUUGCUGCAUUUACUGCGGUCUGCCUUGGUUUUUAAUUAUAUCCCGUUGUUUUUGUGCCCCAUAAAUGAUCGAUCAUUACUGAUCUGUUAAAAGUAGAAUUAAUUUAAUCUAGAGGGGUUGUUGAGGAACAGUUAGCGUGAAGCAUGACUGUGAACAAAAAAAAAUGUGGUUUGUGUAGCUUAUUAUUAUUUGGGCCUUUAUUAUGUAGAAAUGUAUUUAAACACUUUUAUUCAUUUGUAGCACAAAACGGCACCCGUUCAUUUUGUCAGAUGAAUCUAAAAAAUUGAUGUCACCUGGCAGUUUUUCAAUUAAAAAAUGUAUUUUCUUUCCUCAUCAUUACAUGUCACAGAAGGUUUGUUUAGUUUCCAAGCAGACUUUCCCCACUUGAAGUCUUAAAUCCCAACAUAGAGAGCGGGGUACCUGGAUAUACAGACCCUAUAUAUGGAUAACCUGGAGCCCUUCUGAAUACAACUAGAACCAUAUAUCUUUUGACAAAUUGUUAAAUUCACUAACUUUAAAUUUGAUAUGAUAUUCAAUGAAUACAUUCAGUAAAUUGGCGGUUUUAUUAAAGACGCUAAUUCUGUUGAAAGAACAGAUUGUACACCAAAAACAAUAAGAAAAACAUUAAUUUCAUGGACAUGUCAAGUCACAGAAAUGUCACCCAAUUCUUUAAUUUAGACACGUGUGGAGUACACAUUUAAAAGUACCACAGGAUAUCUUUGCUGACAUUAGAAUAAUUUAAAGGAACAACUAAUGAUGCACAAUAAUUUAAAAUGCUCAUACAGAUCAAGUCAUAAAAAAAGUACAAAGGACAGUCACAUUGAGAUCAAAUAGAAAAAGUCGAGCAAACCUCCUGCCGCCUCUAUUCAAAAGCCUGAUCAAAACAUCGGUGUUUUUGUUUUUUGGGCCCUAACGGUCUUGUUUGUGUGUACACGGGUUAUCCCCAUCACUACCCAUCAUACUUGUAGUCCUCUUCAAGGUUAGGAAAAGGAAAGUUCCAUCGCUGAAGGACUGGUCCCAAAAAAAGCAAAACAAAAAGUAAUACAUAAGCUUGAUGCUUUGUUUUUCAGUUGUGAUUUAACCAGCGCAAGGUUCAGGUACUUUACCUGGGAGAUAUUUGAAGAUUCCCUGCUGACGAUUGUUAUGACUGAUUAUUAAAAACCCUUUAAUGUGAUUGUGGGUUGUCUCAUGACCUGGCCAAAGUAAACUGGUGCAUUUGCAUGUCAAAUUUUUAGGGAAUCCUGUGUGAAUUAGUCAUUUCAUCAGCAACUAACUUUUUUCUUGGUGUCCUUUGACAACUUAUUUUUUACUGUGGCUCCAUCUUGUUAUUAAUCAUGUUUCCUGUCCUCUAAUGUCAUUUUCAUGCUCCCCCAGAAAUAAAAAGCAUGCCCUAAAAGGCCAGAAGUUUG